AUGCCAUUCAUUGGACGAGAUUGGCGUGCAUAUGGUGAACAAUGGACAAAAACCGAUAUAGGUUCAUGGGAAAGAUCAAGACGACUUUCAUUAUCAAGUUCCUCGAUAAACUCACAUUCCAGCUUAUCAGAUGUAUUUAAUGCACUUGAAAUAACUGAUUCCGUUAGCAAUAUUCGUCGUUUUAAUUACAUUGCUAAAGUCGUACAAAUUUUAUUCAAAGAAAAAUUAGGUGAACUCAGUGGUAAUGCUCAACGUUCUUUAUUUCAAGUUAUUGGACGAAUGAUUGAUAUGGUUCUUAAAACAGGAGAUAAUAUAUCAUUGAUGCAACGAAUACUAACACAAUUUCAUAGUUCAAUAAAAUCUGCAUAUCCAUAUUAUUAUUAUAUUGGUUCAGCUCCAUUAUGGCAACGACAUAUAAAAAUGUUAACACGAAUGCAAGAAACAAUAAAACAAGUUCAAGCAAAUAUGACUGAAACCGAUGAAGACGAUAAAGAUAAUGACAGUCCUAAUGAUAAUAAAUUAACAUUUGAUUAUCUACCAGUUGAAAUGCAACGAGAAGUUGUAAGACGUUUAGAUAAUGGUACAGAUAUAGUGAAUGUCGGAAUGAUAAAUACAAAUUUAUAUCGAGUUUCACAAGAACUACUCAUUUGGCGUCAACUAUGUCUCUAUCAUUUUGGUGGUGAUACACAAAACAGUGAUAAUUCUAUGCUCGGAGAAAAAAUUCUUCGGUUAAUGCGAAAACAACGAAACGAUGUCGAUAAAAAUAAUAUUGAUUGGAAAACUGCUUAUUUUAAAUUAAAACGACAAUAUGGCCUUCGUGAAGUUUACGCUGAAAUGAUACAUCAAUGUCAAUUAUGUAAAUGUCUCUAUUGGCAGGAUACUGAUCAUCCAUGUCCAUAUGAAACACUUUCACCUUCAUCAAUACCAAUAACACCACGAAAACUUGUUACGAUAUUAGUGUGA